AUGUUCGAGCGUCUCCACCCGGAUCCGGCGCUGGCUGAACAUCUUGCCAUUGUUUUCCAGCGUCAUGGGUCGCCCAGAGGCUCUCGGGACCCGGAACAGCUUGUGAUCGCCCCGAUUAGUGCCUGCGCUGCGCCGAGAAUCUCGACAUCCCGGUUUUCAGAGUCUGCUGCUAGCCGUAGUCCUGCUAGCACCGCUGCGGAUGCUCUUCGCGCUUUACGGCUCCCCUGGUUCGCAGCUCUCUCCACCGGACAGGCUUGGCAGGCGUGCCUCGUGCAUGCCCUGCCAGAUUCUGCCUUAAAGCGUGUGACCAUCGGCUCAGCGUCUCUCCAGCCUGUCGCCGCACCUCGUGCUUCCACUCUCGUCAAGCCUCACACCUUUCCAUCCAACAUGCUACUCUAG